UUGAACCUUAAUGAAUAUAAUGGGGGUGAAUAAGGUCUUAUUUCAAUGGAUAUUCCUUACUCCAUCCUUAACCCCGAGGAAACGCUUAAUGCUGUUCCUAAAGGCAGUAUGGCUACUGCAGAUUUGUCUUCGCAACAGACCAAUAAAGAGCCAAUUAAAUUGUUCAGUAAAGCCAAAGUUAAUGGGACCGAGUACCACUGCUUGGACGUUGUUAAGAUCAAACAGAAUGAAUUCUCUACAUAUGUAGCAAAAAUAUUAAAGAUAAUGUCUAGAAGUGCUGAUAAAGACAUCCCAUGUGCUCAAGUUCAAUGGUACUACAAAAAAGGAGAUAUGAACUUUGAUAUUCUAAGACUUUCAGAGGCAGAUCAGGUCUUUAUCGGUGACAAUGAAGUAUUCCCAACAAACCAUAAGGAUAUAAUCCCUCUUGAGAGUAUUAUAUGAAAGGUUCAGGUGCUUCAUCUUUCUGAAUACCAGGACUGUAGCUUAGUUAACCAGUCUAUCUUUUACACAAGAGCUAAAUUUGAUGUCAUACAGAACCGUUUGUUUCCUCCCUUUUCUAAAUGGGACAAACUCUGCAUCUGAGAAAAGCCCCAGAACCCUAACAUGCUCUACAUCGGCUGAGAAAUGUGAGAUAAGUGGGUUCAUCCUGAAUGAGUUGGAAUAAAAGACGGAAAUAUCGAAGAUGUUAAAUACUACUGAAAUCCCUGUAAGAAGAAGAAAAAGAGAGAAAAGAAGCUUGAAAAGAAGAAGAGGAAAAUUGAAGAGUACAAGAAAUAUCGAGAACAUUUUGAUUAAGAUUAAUUAUUU